CUGACCCGGCUCGAACCCAAAUAUCCACCCUAACUUGCCUCAGGCGAAUCUCUCCGUCUCAACAACUUUAAUUAUUUCUUGUGACAGCUGGCAGAGAGUCCUGGCUCUUGUCCUUAUGCAUGCGAACUCAUACGGCCAUGCAGGCUACGAAAUCGAGGAUCCCUCAGGGCUCAGGGACGCAAGAAAACGUGAUCCAAAAGGAUAAACAAUUGUUCAAACUUUGUAGUCAUCAUCACUAGUUGAUUGGCCCGAGGAAAGCGACUUUUGGCGACGGUGAUCCUCGAUGGAAUCAAUGAGGUCGCCGCCACCGGCCGGCCGGCCAGCUGGCAGAGCAUAAUUGAUUUUCCCGGCCGCAUUAUAUUGCCACCAUCUAUUAAGAGAAUGCAUGCUCCAUUAUCGAUCCAUAUUCGUCCUCUAGGAAACCAAAUGGUGUCGGUUCCAGGAAAUCCAGAGGUGUUCUCCAGAGAGAUGGUCCGACCGUCUACCCGAACCCCAGACCACCUCAGAAACCACAGCCUUUCCUUCUUCGACCAGAUGGCACCACCAUUCUACGUCCCUCUUCUCUACCUCUACCCAAACGACGGUACUGCUCCUUACGACGAUGAUCUUGUUGAGAGCAGAACUCGUCUGCUCAAACUGUCCCUCUCCAAAGCACUGUCCACGUACUACCCGCUAGCCGGCACGAUGACAACGACGACGACGGCUGGAGAUGGCCAUCACGAUCCAUUGACGGUUCGAUGUAACGACGAAGGGGCUCUCUUCCUGCAAGCACGGAUGAUGAACACACCGCUUGAUUCGAUUGUCGGCGAAGAGGCUCGUCUUCGCCUCCUGUUCCCUGACGAUCUCGCAUUCAGGAGCACGACCUUGAGCACUCUCUUGGUCGUUCAGAUCACUAGCUUUGAAUGUGGAGGUAUGGGACUGGCCGUUUGUGCGUCGCACAAGGUCCUCGAUAUGUCCAGUUUAUGUUCCUUCGUCAACCACUGGGCAGCCACGUCUGCCGGUGGCCCCAGACAUCGAAUCGAACAAUCUGUUCGAUUCGAUCUGGCUGCUCUGUUCCCACCUGUGAGCAAACAAGUAACAAAGACGUUCGACCCUCCGAACGUCAGGACUGUGUGCAAGCGGUUCGUCUUUGGCGGUCCCAGCAUUGGAAAGCUCAAAGCCAUGAUGAGGAGGCACAAAAUCGAGAACCCUACUAGGGUUGAAGUGGUUUUGGCACUGGUCUGUUCCAGUGCCAUCUCAGCAGCAAGGACCUGCUGCCUAUCAUCUUCAUCGUAUGUGGGCAGUAGGUCCCGGUUGGGGUCAGCCUUUCUGACGCAAGCUGCAAACUUGCGUUCCAGGUUGACCUCUCCGUCCUCGACAACCAGCUCCAUCGGCAAUCUGUCUUCGAUCUUUGCGAUGUCGAUUGGAGCAGGGGUCGAGAUGGAUCUGAUUUCGUUUGUCAGCACAAUCAGGAGGGUGAAAACCGAGUAUUUCGAGACCUGCAGUGAAGAGUAUUCCAGUGGGAAAGAUUUUCGUUCUUUCAUUGUAGAGAGCACGAAGGUGUUCAGGGAUGCAGGCAGUAGUGAAGAACCUGAUGUUGCGCAGCCAAGGGUGUACAUUAGCUCCAGCUGGUGCAACUUCCCAAUAUACAAAGCGGAUUUCGGCUGGGGGAAACCAGUGCGGGUGACGACUGCUGCUCAAGAGCUGAAGGAUACGAUUGUGUUGUUGGAUACGAGGGACGGGGAUGGGGUUGAAGCAUUAGUGUGUCUGGAAGAACGAGAGAUGACCAUGUUUCAAUGUGACAAGAUGGUUCUAACUUUUGCUGAUGUAGCUUAUGUGUAGUGAUUGUUCUAGCUAUUCUGGUUUGUAUGUUGUGGAGUUGUUUGGAUGGAUUAAUUGUCAGUGUGGUAUUUAUGAAAUAAAAUUAAAUAAAUAUUAAAUUAUUUAUGUGAUAUUUUAGCUCGAAUUUAGAUAAUUUAAUUGUGAGGCACUGAGACUUUACUUAUUUGAAAUAACUCGUUUUGAGUUAAUGUAAAUAACUAACAAUCCAGAUAAUGCCCUCUUGGUAUGAAGUAUGACUCCAAAUACAUAGGUGGCCGACGAGUCUCCCUGACCUCCAUGAUCAGUGGUCUCCUCCCUCUUGGUAUGAAGUAGAAACAAGACAGACUUGGUAGCUAGCCAAGACGGUAUCAAGCCGGUCAAGACAGGCUUUGUACCAAGAUAUGAAAUUUGGCUAAUUAUAGAGCAAAUGAGGUACCAAGCCUGUCAAGACCUGAAAUUUGGAUAAGUAUUGAGCCAAAAGGGUACCAAGCCGUUAGUAAACAGGCAAGGCAGACAUGAUACCAAGAUAUGAAAGUUUGCUAAGUUUGGAGUCCUUAUGGUUUGGUAGCAAGGCGAACGGGUACCAAGCCAACAAGACAUGUUUGGUAGCGACAUAUGAAAUAUGGCUAAGUAUGGAUACCAAGUCCGAAAGACUAGCUUGGUGGCAAGGCAACAGAGUAUCAAGCCGAGUAUCAACCAAAGAUUCUUACAAAAAUUAAGUCUAGAUACCAGGUUGGCAAAACGGGCUUGGUAGCCAAGCAAGAGGGUACUAAGCUGGCAAGACAGGCUUGGUAUCAAGUUACCAAACCUGCCAAAAUCUAAGUAUAGAGAUCAAACUGGUGUGUAGAUCCGAUGGUCAUAUGGAGACUGGCUUGGCGGCUUCCUAAUAGGGUGGCAUGGUACCAACUUGAUGAGAUUCUACAAACUAACUAUGGAGACCAAGCUGGCAGGGUUGGUUUGGUAGCAGGGGGUAUAUUUCAAGUUGAUGAGAUUGCUUGGUAGCAACUAGCAAGUAGACAAGGAUGACUUGGUAGCAACUAGCUUGUAAUGCAAUAAGGUGUAUCGGUUACAAUUAUCAAAGGUGUGUCGGACGUACCAUUUACAAAAAAUUUAUACCGAAAAAAUGUGGGUUCCUCACAAAAAUUUGGGGCGAAGGUGUGUAGGGUGGCACACCUCUCUCAAAGGUAGGUCCGCCCCAGCCGGCACAACAUAAUGUACCAUCGAAAUACACGUGAUCAGUCGAUUUCCAGUUAAAUAGUCGGAUAAUUCACAAAGAUGUAAAAUUUAUCGUCGAUAUAGAUGUGAGUCGAAUACGCAUGAUCGGUCGGCGUCUAGUUGAAUAGUCCAGAAAUUCACAAAAAUGUCAAUAAAUAAGAAUAUGAAAAAUGCUUAAUCGGAAUAUGAGUCAAAUACGAACAGAGAUCUCGAUUUCAGGAUAACAAAAAUAAAAAUAAAAAUAGACCAUUAAAAGGUUCUCAUGUAAUUAAAAGAAACGAAAAAAAAAAACAUAUGUGGCUUUUUGAAAGAAACAAAAUUUUAUGGUUAAAGAAAUAAAAGAAAAAAUGAUGUCAUAUAUGUGAUCUAUUGAGAAUAUCCCUAAAGUUUACAUAAAUAACACUUAACAAAUAAUCCCUAUGUUUGGCCCGGCUUUUAGAAGUGCUUUUCGGGUUCAAAAGCUGAAGCAGGGCAAACACCUGUAAAAGCUCGACUUUUGAAAAGCCGAAAAGCGCUUUUGUAUAACAUAAAAGCAGAAGCUCCGAUUUGGAGCUUCUGCGAAAAGCUGUUUUAAAAAUACAAGAUUAUCCUUACC